UGCAGAUACUCUGAUGAUGAGUGCAGCCACAGCAGUCAAAUUCUUUUGUCUAGCAUUUUCGUUAAUUAUCGUCUUGGCGACAGUAUCAUCAGCGCCGUAUUCAGAUUAUGAUAAUAACAUCCACGAUCUAUACGAGAUGCUGAUGCAGAGAGAGUCAAAUUUAGAAGACCGUUUGGGGCACCAGAUGGCUAGAAGAGCUGGAAGAGGACCACAACUACGGCUCCGUUUUGGAAAAAGGCCAGAUAUGGGUUUCGAAAGUAUGAUUGGUGAAAGGCGUCCAUCGCUCCGUCUGAGGUUUGGCAAGAGGUCAGAAGACGAAUCGGUUCCAGCAUACAUGGAAGGCGUAGCUGAAGCAGGAGAAAAUUAAAUGUUCACUAUCUUCAAUGAUAUUAUGUACGAGAAAAUGUAACAUUACGUUCCUGUCUAUGGAUGUAUAUUUCUUAUUCUUAUGUAUUAAUUUUUAAAGGGAUCGUGUCAAAAUACCUAUAAUUCUCAAACUUUCUAUUAUGGGUGAUGUUUCAAACGAUAACUUCUCAAUCAUAUGGACAACACUGGCGAAUAGUCAAUUGAUGUAUGUAAUAUAUAUUCAUAUGCAACAUAUAUUGUCGAAUGUACUAUAACAAAUAAACGGACUAAGUAACUUGUA